AUGCCAAAGAUAUUGGAAAGCAUUUAUUAAGGUUUGCUUAAAUUAAAAAAUGAAUUUGUGUAUCAAUUAGAUAUAUUUGGUCAACUUCCAAGUUUUACAGUACUAAAUAGAAGUAAAUACACAUCUAAAUUUGGAUUUGUAAUGUCAAUUUUGAUAGGAACUCUAAGUGCAUACUAUUUGAUUACUGAGAUCAGUUCUAUGAUUUCAAAAUCAAAGCCUUCAAUAUAUUAAACAGAAGUACAAGUGAUUGAAACAGAUGUAAAGUUGAUUCUUUAAACAUAGUCUUAUUAUCUCAAUAAUGAAAACUUCACUAUAGCAAUAUCAAUAGCCAACCGCUUUUCUGAACCGUUGAUAGGAAUAAAUAAAUACUUUAAUUUAAACGUAAGUCAGUGCACAAGAGAAAGGAUAAGAAAUUAAUCAACAGGAAAUAUAACAGUAAUGUUGAGGUAUAAAUUAAUUUAAGUCAGAUGUGUUGAGAUGCCCGUAGAGCCUUGUAACAUGUCGCAUUUUACAACUGACCUUUAAAAAGAAUACUUUAAGACAAUAAGAUUUGGAGGAGUUUAAUGCAUUAAUAGAGAUUAUAUGAAAAAAAAUCCCCCAGUAUAAAAUUAUUUUAAUUAAAUAGGUCUUAAAGGGUUAAUUCAAUGCCUUAGAACAUAAAUAUUUAUAUAUAUAAUUCACAGUUUGCAGGAAUACUAGUACAUUUUAGGGUUGUGCUCCUAAGGAAGAGAUAGAGGAUAUCUUAUAAGCAGGGCAUUAUAAUGUCUAUAAAACUGACUAUAUAUCUUAACUUGAUCAUCCUGGUGAACCAUUUAAAUAAGUAAUUACCAAUGAAUUCACUGGUUUUUCUUAUAGUACAUCAAAAAUGAUUCUAUAAUAGUACAGAAUUGUACAAACUACAACAGAUGAGGGAUUAAUAUGGGAACUUGAAAAUGUUUAAUAAAAUAUUUAAUAAACAGAUUGGAGAGAAAUAUCUGACUUUUAUAAUUAACAAUAUUUAGUUCUUCAUAUUAUUAGGUUAGACUUUAAAUAGACUAAUAAUAUAAGAACAUAUAUAAAAUUAUAAACAAUUUUAGGAAAACUUGGUGGUAUAUUGCAAAUCUUUAUUAUGGUUGUUGCCAUAAUAUCUAAACCUAUUAUUGACAAUUUGAUGAAAUUAGAAAUGGCAAAUUCUCUCUAUAGAUUUUAUGGAUAAUCAGAAAAACAAAUUUAACUUCCAACUCAGGCUUAAAUUAUUUAGACAGAAAGAGAAUUCUAGUCGCCUAUCAAUUUAAAUAAUCAACAGACUGAAAGUUUAAAUAAUGAUAGCAAUUAAAAACUAAAUAAAUCUAUGCUAGAGACAUUUCUAAUUAUUUUUGGGUUUUAGAAAGAAAAGCAUCAAUAAUUUGUGAAAGCAAGAACAAAAAUUAUAAAGAAUUUAGAUAUUGUGACCAUCCUAAAAAGAUUAUAAGAAAUAGAUCUGUUGAAAAAGAUCUUAUUUUCUAAAGAAUAGAUAGAAAUUUUAAAGAAUCUACCACCUCCUUUGAUUACUACGAAACCAUCAAUUUCUCUAAAAUUAUUAUAACCUGAUCUGUAAAAGGAGAAAGAUAAUCCUUCAAAUAUAUCACCACUACAAUGUUAGUAAAUAAAAUGCAAUUAAUUUCAAUUUGUUCCAAAAUUGAGCCCAAUUUUGUCGAAAUCUUACAUUGAUAAUUAAUUAUAAUUAUAUUUAGAUCAUUGCAAUGUAAUUAAAUAAAUUAAUUAAAAGGAUUCCUAGAAACAUAAAGUCAAACACACAAGCAGUCUAUUAAAAAGUCCUUGCUCUCCUAUAUCAGAUAUUCAAUUAAUUAAAUGUGAUGAGAUAGAAGAGCCAACUCCAUAAAAACCAAAAAAAUGA